AUGGCGCCGAAACAGAACCAGUUGAAGUUACCCAAAUCUCUCAUUGAUCAGCUGGGUGGUGAAGAUGCUCUUUCUGGUGGGCGCAAACAGAGAUCAAGAGCUGGGUCGAGAAAAGAGCUGCGUAAAGCUGCACGGGUAGAAAAGAAGAGCGCAAGAAGUGGGCCUCCCCCCGAGAAACGAGCCAAAACAUUCCAUCAAGCAGAUCGUACUGCGCAGCCCAAGCCGCCGGCCCAAAAGGCAGAGUCGGCGAACCCUCCUCGACAGGAUCUAGUUGAGAUACCGAAGCCCAAGCCGAUUCUAAAGCGUGCAAAGAAGGUCGACCAGGAGCUCGAGGAAACUAAGAAAAUUCGAUCGUUAUCACCACCUGCGAAAGUAUCGAGAGCUGUGCAGGACAAGCUGGCGGAAGAAGAUGCUGAGAUUGCUGCGUUGGAGAAAAAGUUGGGUCUGGUAGGGAAGAAGGGCCUACCGCAGUCGUUCAAGGACGAUGGACUCGAUGAGCUGCUCGAUGGACUAGGUGCUGAGGAGAGCGAGGAUCAAGGUGUCCAGCAGAAGAGGAAAAGGAAGGCGGAGGGAGACGAAUGGCUAAAUCGAAAACGGAGGGAGGCGCAGAAUGCUGCGAAGGGGAGAGCUCCAGCAAUACAGGACGAAGAAGCUGAUGACGGCGAAGAAAACGGGAGCGAAUCCGACGAAGAGGUUCUAGAGGAGGGAGACGAGGCUGAUGACGACGAUGGGGCUUCUGACAUGUCUUUGGAUGUACCAGAAUUUCCAGAUGAUGAUUCACAGGAAGAUGAAAGUAAAAUGGGGGACGAAGACGUGCUCGAUGCGAAUAGUGACUUCGGUGGGUUUGAUUCCGACGAUGACUUGGACGGAGAUGCGCCUUUAAAGCCUGCUAAAAGAGUUCGUGAGAACCCGUAUGUGGCACCUGUACGUGGUGGCAGUGCUUCAUCUGAGAAGUACAUCCCGCCGUCUUUACGCAAAGCAGCAUCCUCGGAUUCCGAGGAUCUAGUUCGUCUGCGGCGCCGAACCCAAGGAUUGAUCAACAGGCUCACAGAAGCGAAUUUGCUAUCGAUUCUUGCAGAUAUCGAGAAACUCUAUCGCGAGAGCCCACGGCAACAUGUUACGUCCACAUUGGUGGAUAUAUUACUGACAUCUGUUUGUGAGCCUACGAGCUUACCCGAUACACUUAUCAUCCUUCCGGCGGGCUUCAUUUCUGCUAUUUACAAAAUCAUCGGAACCGAUGUUGGAGCUCAGGUCAUCCAGAGAAUUGUGGAACUAUUUGACGAGCAUUAUGCACACGCUACGGCUGCUGGAAACCAUGGCUCAGCAGCUGCAACGACCGACAGCAGUAAGGAGACGUCGAAUUUGAUUAUGCUUCUUUCGGAGAUGUACAAUUUUCAGGUCGUAGGAAGUCAUCUCAUGUUCGAUUACGUCAGAUUGUUCUUAGAAAAGCUCUCCGAGGUAAAUGCUGAGUUGUUAUUGAAAAUAAUCAGAGCGUCCGGACCCCAGCUCCGACAGGACGAUCCAUCGUCACUCAAAGCUAUUGUCGCCAUGCUCCGGCCUGCUAUUGAGAGCGCUGGUGGAGAGUCCAACCUAUCUGUCCGAACGAAAUUCAUGAUCGAGACGAUCAACGAUCUUAAGAACAAUAAGAUGAAGGCUGGGGGAGCAGCAUCGGCAAUCACAUCUGAACAUACCGUUCGAAUGAAGAAGAUCCUGGGUUCUCUCAAUACAAGAACUAUCAAGGGCAGCGAGCCUCUACGAAUUGGUCUCAAGGACAUCAGAGAAUCCGAUAAGAAGGGAAAGUGGUGGCUUGUAGGUGCCAGCUGGGCCGGCCAUGGAGAUGAAGAUGCCAAUGAGCCAGCACGCUCCGAACCUAUCCAAAAGACUGCUACACCUAUCGAAGAUUCUGGGACAGCAGACCUACAGCAACUUGCGCGGGAGCUUGGAAUGAACACUGACAUUCGACGAGCUAUUUUCAUUACCAUCAUGUCCGCAACUGACUUUCAUGAUGCCUACCAACGGCUGAUGAAGCUGAAGCUUAAAAAGGUGCAAGAGUUCGAGAUCCCUAAGGUUCUGAUCCGAUGUGCACAAAGCGAGAAGAGCUACAAUCCGUACUACACCUUGAUUGCGAAGAAAGUAUGUGGUGACCGAAGACUUAAGACCUCUUUCCAAUAUUGCCUGUGGGACCUAUUCAAGAAGAUGGGCGAGUCAGAGGAAGAUGAGGACCCCGAAGAUCAUGUUGAGGCACUGGAUACCCGGCAAAUCGUCAACCUCGCGAAGAUGUUUGCCACGCUGCUGGUCGAUGGAGGGUUGGCUCUUAGCGCUCUCAAGAAUCUCAACUUCAGCUACCUACAAGUGAGGACGAAGACUUUCAUGGAGAUUUUCUUCAUCACAGUUAUCUUGCAGUCUCAAGAAAAGUCCCAGCCCAAGAGGGACGAGCAGGCUGUGGUGAAAAUAUUCAGCCAUGCGAAAGGUAUACCACAGCUGAUCAGAGGCUUGCAGUACUUCUUGAAGAAGGUCGUGGGCAAGACGGAUAUCGCGGGUGGGAAGGAGGAGAAGGCGACGGUAAAGUGGGCUUGUAAAGUAGUUGGAGAUACCCUUGCGGCUUUAGCUGUAGAUGCAUGA